CCAUUCUACAUAGAUCUUCUAAUGGAACGCGGAAAUAUUGGUUAUUUCAAAGCUGAAUGAAUCGUUAUUACUCAAAGUUAGAUAUCUAUGAAACAGUGUGUUGUUUUUUUAUCAAUAUUGAUUACGUUUGGUGUAAUAUGGAUAAAUGUUUAAACAUGUCACGAUUGUAGCUACGGUGAUGUGAUUUUAUUUUAGAAAUUACAUGAAAACGUGUAUACUAGUUUUCUAAAUACAACUUUAAAGCGUUUAGUGAUUUGAGGAAUUGUUCAAUCCAAAGACGCUUUGACAUUGCAAAAUCAUUAUUUUUCAGUUUACUAAUACAUUGGAGAUAAACAGUUAAAUGAAUCACUGGCUAAGGGAUUGGAAGCAGACGACACUCAGAAAAUAUUUUCAUCACCCGUAGAAACUUGAUGACAUAAUAAUCGUAUUACAAAUGAGGAUAUCCUGAAGAAAAAAUAUUUAAAAUGCCUACAAAGAUAGGAUGUGUUAAUGCAACACUGCUUUUCCUAUUUUUGUCUUUUGGGGCACAGCUUAUUGGGUUCUGUAUCCCGGGAUGGCUUCACAUUAUUAUUUUGACCCCGAACCCGCUUGACCAUCCCGAGAAGUCAAUCAGCAAGAAUUUCGCCUUGUGGUAUGUAGUCAUAUGUUGGAAAGAGGUGUGUUUAACAAAGUCGUAUAGUCAGCUAAAACAAGACAGAAUCGACAGCUCGGAGAACAAGUAUGCUUUCCACGACGAUUGGAACGAGUUGAAUGACUACGAUUACUCGGCUAAAUACUCGAAAUUUCCGUUUUCAAGACUACUGGAGUUCCAGAUCGAGGCUGUCUCUGCUCUUGUCGUUGCCUUCAUGGGGCUUGUACAUAUGAGGAUACAGAAAAAGAGACUGGUGCAGUAUAUGUCGGGAAAACGUGAGGAGGAGCCGAAACAAUCAACAUAUUGUAUGGUGUUUUGUUACUCAAUUAUCUCAGGUGGCUUAGUUCUUGUUCCAGCCUCCAAAUUUCUAGAAGUCAAUAAAGAUUUAAAAACAGUAGCCGACAAUUACAUUGUAGGGAUACCAUAUGCAUUGAUUUGUUCUGGGAAUUUGGUGGUAUAUUAGCCCUGUUUUCAUGUUUAAUGAAUGUAGGGAUCUAUCUGUAAUGUCUAUUUCAUCAGAGGAAUUUAACAGCGAAAUGAACGAGGAGAGACGAAGAGACCGUUUAAAUUUAGGUACACAAACUUGUUCCAUUGGUUAGCGUUAGAUAAUCAAACGACAACAAGGGGAUAUGUUGAUCCAAUUGUUCCGGGGUAUGAGACAAGGUUCAAUAAUGGCACCAGGGCUGUUUUAACCAUUUCACAUUCGUUUGAGCCUGGUGAAAGGAGAGGCAUAGCUAUAAGACAGGGACGUGAAAGAAAUUCAUUACAGAAUAUAAAUUAUUCAAGCGCUGGUCAGGACUUGGAAGAACCUCCUCCUUCCUACGAAGAGUGCAUGAAACAAUAUCGUCAACCAACCUUGAUGGGUUUAUUGUGUACACUUUGAGAAAAUACCCUCUUUUUUGUAUGCUAACAAACAUGAUUGGAACAAUGUAUUCUUCCUCGCCUAAUGCAAUGGCAUUUGUUUUUCAUUAUUGUCAUGAUA